AUGGCCGCCCACUCCAAUACCGACCUAACAGCGCACCUGCACACCGUCCUCCAAGACCUCCACUCGACGCCCUACCCCACGAUCCCCUGCCCAGAGAACCUCCCGAAACGCGCCUCCGUUGCCUUGAUCCUGCGCGUGCAGCCAACAUACACACACCCUGCGCCGUCUCCUACCACACCUACAUCACAGAACCCAGACGCCCCCGACGCGCUUCGCGUCUUCUUCGAACAAUCCUGGGUUCAGCACGGCGACCCAGAAAUCCUCUUCAUCAAGCGCGCGUCGCGCGUGGGAGAUAAAUGGACGGGCCAUGUAGCAUUGCCGGGUGGGAAGCGGGACAAGGAGGAUGCGGAUGACGGGGAGACGGCGGUGAGGGAGGCCAUGGAGGAGGUGGGGAUAGAUUUGCGCUCCCAAGAGGACGGCGGGAAGGAGGUGAUAGCGGUAGGGAACUUGCCGCAGAGGAUCGUGACGACGAGUUGGGGAAAGGUGCCAUUGAUGGUCCUGUGUCCUUACGUCUACCUCCUUACCUCGCCUUCCUACCCGUCCCAACGCCUCCAACCCACAGAAGUCGCCUCCACGCACUGGGUACCGAUCCGCGCCCUCCUCGCACCUUCGCUCCGCACGCACGAAUAUGCCGACGUCAGCGCCCGCCUCGCGAAGUCAGAGUAUAGCAUCAAGCGUUGGUUCCUACAGGCCAUGCUGAGCAAGAUGAUGUUCGCUGCUAUCCACCUCAUGCCUUCGAAUUCCACGCAUUGCGCCGAGAUAGCAGGUUUCAUCCCGCCAGAACAUGUGGCCGAGAAAGGCAGGAUAGUCAGCAACACAAGAGACAUGUUAGUAGGAGGCUAUAAAGAAGUGAAACCGCCGCUUCUGCUGUGGGGACUGACGCUGGGCGUCGUGUCGGACUUCCUGGAACACAUGCCACCGCACAACGCGCUGGAGUUGUGGACAUAUCCUACCUUCACGUAUUGGGACAUACGGUUUGUGAUGUGGGCCAUGUCGUACUCGUUUCGACAGCAGAAAUCUCUCGAGCUGUCGUCGAUAACGACCACACAUUCCAGCACGACGACGACGAGCAAUCAGGAUCUACCUGGCAUGGGCAGCGAGGGCGUCGGUCCGCUCUUCGGAGACGAGAAACCUGCUGGCGAAGUCGGCAUAGAGGGCUUGGGUGUUGGGCGCGGGUGGGGACAGAGCGGACGCGCGAAGAUGGUCAGUCGAGGAGCAGCGGUAAACUCCAUGCUCGAGGGGUACUAUCCCAUCGUGAGGAGAGCCGUCUUUGUAACGUUGGUGAGCAGGGUGAGCAUUGUUGCGAUACUAGGAGUUUGGUCGUGGAGGAAAUAUGCAUCGAGCCGGUGA